UCCCGCUCGGAGUCGGAGCCUCAGUCAGAGCCUUGCCGAGGCCGAGCCGGAGCGACAGUCCGAACUCGGCGGUGACCUCAGCCUGUCCCCUCGGGUUCCUCAGUCACGGUGCUUCGGAAUCUGUGUCGCUGAGUCAGCACGCCCUUCAGAUCUGCCCAGGUUUUGUUGUUUGCAUAGUGUAUCAAGAUGGGAACUCAAACAAGUUAUUCCUCCUAAGGAUCUGGUGUCUUCAUCAAGAAGAGACGGUUUGUGCCAACCCCUACAGAGAGCCAAGGUCUGCUGGAGGCACUGGGCAAUGAACCCCAGACUGCGGCCCAGAGUGGUCUGAAGCUGUCUGGGAAAGCAGAGGGAGUCCUGGGGAAGAUGGCCAUGGCCCCAGGCCUCUCCCUGGCUCAGGUGUACCCCAGCCCUGUGGCCGUGGCCGUGUGGGAAUGGCAGGACGGGCUGGGCACCUGGCACCCCUACAGCGCCGCCGUGUGUACCUACAUUGAGCACCAGUUUGUGCAGCAGAAGGGCCAGCGCUUCGGGCUGGGGAGCCUGGCCCACAGCAUCCCCUUAGGCCAGGUGGACCCCUCUCUGGCCCCCUACAUCAUUGACCUCCCCAGCUGGACCCAGUUCCGCCAGGACACUGGCACCAUGCGGGCCGUGCGCAGGCACCUGUUCCCCCAGCACUCAGCCCCAGGCCGGGGCAUCCUCUGGGAGUGGCUGGGUGAUGACGGAUCAUGGACAGCCUACGAAGCCAGCGUCUGUGACUAUCUGGAGCAGCAGGUGGCCAGGGGCACCCAGCUUGUGGACUUGGCUCCCCUGGGGUACAACUACACUGUCAACUACACCACCCACACUCAAACCAACAAGACUUCCAGUUUCUGCCGGAGCGUGCGGCGCCAAGUAGGGCCACCUUAUCCAGUGACCACUGUCAUCGCUCCGCCAGGCCACACUGGAGUCGCCUGCUCUUGCCAUCAGUGCCUCCAUGGCAGUGGAACUGGCCCCGUGUCAGGCCGCUACCGCCACUCUAUGACCAACCUCCCUGCAUAUCCUGCCCCCCAAGCCCCCCACAGGACCACCUUUGUCUUUGGGGCCCACCAGGCCUUUGCCCCGUACAACAAACCCUCCCUCUUUGGGGCCAGGUCUGCGCCCAGGCUGAACACCACCAACCCCUGGGGUGGGGCAGCUCCCGCCCUGGGGAGCCAGCCCCUCUUCCGCUCCAGCCUUUCCCACCUGGGACCGCAGCUCCUUCCCCCUGGACCAUCUGCUUCCGCUUCCAGUGGAGCCAGUGCCUCCCUCCCCAGCGGUCCCUCCAGCAGCCCAGGAAGUGUUCCCGCCACUGUGCCCGUGCAGAUGCCAAAGCCCAGCAGGGUCCAGCAAGCACUCGCAGGCAUGACGAGUGUGCUGAUGUCUGCCAUUGGAUUCCCUGUGUGUCUUAGCCGCGCACCCCAGCCCACCAGCCCUCCCGCCUCCCGUCUGGCCUCUAAAAGUCACAGCUCAGUUAAGAGACUGAGGAAAAUGUCCGUGAAAGGGGGGGCUCCAAAGCCCGAGCCAGAGCAGGUGAUCAGAUGUUACACUGAGGAGUUGAAAGCACCCCCAGAUGAGGACUGUAUCAUCUGUAUGGAGAAACUGUCCGUGGUGUCUGGCUACAGUGACGUCACUGACAGCAAGACCCUCAGUCCCGUGACUGUAGGCCGCCUCACCAAGUGCAGCCAUGCCUUCCACCUUCUGUGCCUGCUGGCCAUGUACUGCAAUGGGAACAAGGAUGGGAGUUUGCAGUGUCCCUCCUGCAAAACCAUCUAUGGAGAGAAGACUGGAACGCAGCCCCGGGGGAAGAUGGAGGUGUUUAGGUUCCAGGUGUCCCUCCCUGGCCAUGCGGACUGCGGAACAAUACUCAUUGUUUACAACAUCCCUCAUGGCAUCCAGGGCCCUGAGCACCCCAACCCUGGGAAGCCAUUCACAGCCAGAGGCUUUCCCCGCCAGUGCUACCUGCCAGACAACGCUCAGGGCCGCAAGGUUCUGGAGCUUCUGAAGGUGGCCUGGAAGAGGCGACUGAUCUUCACAGUGGGGACAUCCAGCACCACAGGCGAGACUGACACAGUGGUGUGGAAUGAGAUCCACCACAAGACAGAGAUGGACCGUAAUGUGACAGGCCAUGGCUACCCCGACCCCAACUACCUGCAGAACGUGCUGGCCGAGCUCGCUGCCCAGGGGGUGACUGAGGACUGUCUAGAGCAGCUGUAAUCCACCAGGCCUGCCUCUAGUGACCACCCUGGCCCCUGUGGCCACCUAGGCUGCCUCUGGGUGGACAGUGGGAAGGUGCCUUCCUGAGAGGCUAGAAUGUUGGGGCAUAGAGCGCACCCUCAUGAAGCCAGGUUUCUGCCUGCCUUGACUUCUUCCUCUCUGGGUAGGAAGAUCUGGGGGAUCCAGGCAGCCCUGGGCAGUUGUACUUGUGGGGGCUUAAGAUGCAGCUACCUCAGUGCAUGGAUGGGCCCUUCUGGAGGGGCUGCUCAGGCAGCACCCGGGCCUGGUGGGUGAGUGGGAAUGGCCCCUCCUCCAGUUUCUGGGUCAGCUUCUCAUACCUCAGAUUUUGUUUGCAAUAAAGACCCUA